UCGGUCAAUAUGGCGGACAUAGCUCGAGUCGUAAAAGUUGGAUCACGUAAGAGUCAGUUGGCUCUUAUUCAGACUAAUGUUAUUGUGGAAGAGCUCAAGAAGCUUUCGCCAAACACUUCCUUUGAAAUUGUUUCCAUGUCUACCAUAGGAGACAACAUUUUAGAAAAACCAUUACCAAAGAUUGGUGAAAAAAGUGUCUUUACAAAGGAAUUAGAAGUUGCCUUAGCUAAUAAAAGUGUGGAUUUUGUCGUUCAUUCACUGAAGGAUCUUCCAUCCACUCUUCCACCUGGCAUGUUAAUUGGGGCUGUCUUCAGACGGGACAGCCCCUAUGAUGUAGUUGUCUUUCAUCCUAAACACAAAGGAUCCAGUCUUGCUUCUUUACCCAAAGGAAGUGUGAUUGGAACAAGUUCACUUAGACGCAGUGCACAGCUCAAAAGAGCUUUUCCUCAUUUAAUUAUUGAAGAUGUUCGUGGAAAUCUGAACACUAGACUUAACAAGCUUGAUGCUGGUGAUAAAUAUGACGCUCUCAUCUUGGCAGCUGCUGGAAUGGACCGUAUGGGUUGGGCGGAACGUAUCGAGCAGGUUCUUGGUCGUGAUGAAUGCUUGUAUGCUGUAGGACAGGGAGCUCUGGCAGUUGAAGUUAAUCUUGACGAUAAACAAACCAUUGAAUUAGUGUCUAAACUGAUCGAUGGAGACACCAGUAUCUGUUGUGCUGCUGAGAGAAACUUCUUGAGGACUUUGGAGGGAGGAUGCAGCGUUCCCAUUGGAAUAACUUCUAGCUUGGAUGGCAAUCAGUUAACCAUAACAGGUGCUGUGUUCAGCUUGGACGGAACGGAAUGUCUCAUGGAGACCGUAACGGGAACCCUUCCAGACCCUUCAAUCCAGGAUGGUAGCUGCCCUCAUGCCGUACUCACCCAAUCGAGUAUUUAUGUCCCAACGGGAAUGCGCGACACCCUUGUGACAGCUGAAAAACUGGGCGAGAAGUUAGCGCGGGCCUUGAUCGCCAGAGGUGCCGAAGAAGUACUGCGUAAGGCUAGAGAAGAAAAGGACCUCGCACAACAAUGACGAAAUGGAGUGCAAAUGGACAAUUUUUGCUUGAAAAUUCGUAUCAAUGUCAGUGUCUAAUGAACUGCGCACCCAACCCCCCCCCACCGAGCCAACAUUAACCCCAAGGUGUGCAGUCGCUCCAAUACAAACAUUUGUCCGAAAACUCUUACAUUCGAAUGCAGAUAAAAUCGAUUAAAAAGUUUCCUGUGUAAUUUUGAUAAAAUGGAGUUGGAUUUUUUUGUGUGUUCCCGGGUUGUAUUUUUUGGGGGGCUUUUUUUCUCAUUUAAUUUCAUCAUAGAGUCAUAAACUUUCCGUCCCAUUAUAUGUUAUUAUGUUGUCACAGUGAGCAUCGAUAUGCAUUUUUUGGUAGAUAGGUAAUGAGAAAAAAAAAUUAUGCAAGGAUGAGACAACCCCUGUCCUAUUUAUCUUUGCUCUCUAAGGAUUUUCAUCCUGAAAUGAUCUCUCGAUUUGUAACAACUCCAAGGUGACAGGAUUUUGUCAAAGCUUGAAAAUUUGGACCACCGCCAGUGCACUGUGUUA